ACCCAGCUCGGUGCGCUUUGUGGACGCUGCGGUUCCGUCCCUAACGCGGAAAUGCGCGCUGUGUGCGGUGCGGUCAGGGGGAUGUAGAGUCCGGCUCUCCCUCCGAAACCUCCACCACAGCCUUCAGAAACAGAUCAGACAUGUCACUGACGACACAAAAUCAACAGGAAGUGAACUUUCUGACGUUGGCUCGCGUUUCUCCCGUGAAGUUCAGUGCGCGCACUGAAGGAUGGACCGGACACGGUGUGUGUGUCUCUGCCUGCUUAUAUAUCUGAGUGGAGCGCGUUUACAGUGUGAAGGUGGGAACUCUGUCACUCUGCCCGAGUCGCUGCUCUUUGUCUCGACGUUAGAUGGGAGUCUACACGCCAUUAGCAAACAAACUGGAGACAUUAAAUGGACUCUGAAGGAAGAUCCGAUCAUCCAAGUUCCUGUUUACCUGCGGGAACCAGGUUUUCUUCCCGACCCCAACGAUGGCAGCUUGUACGUGUUAGGAGAUAAACACAAGCAGGGUUUGAUGAAACUUCCCUUCACAAUUCCGGAGCUGGUUCAGUCGUCUCCCUGCAGGAGCUCAGACGGCAUCCUGUAUACAGGUAAAAAACAAGACACCUGGUAUGUGGUGGAUCCUCAGACGGGUGAGAAACAGACGAGUUUAAGCACUGCUUCCUCUGAUUCCAUCUGUCCAUCAGCUCCUCUCCUCUACAUCGGACGCACAGAGUACAUGAUCACUAUGUUUGACACAAAGACACAGGAACUGCGCUGGAAUGCGACUUAUAAUGAUUAUUCAGCUCCUCUUUAUGACGACCAGAAAUACGAUUACAAGAUGUCCCACUUUGCAUCGAGCGGUGACGGCCUGGUGGUGACGGUGGACCGUGAAUCUGGUGAUAUGCUGUGGAUGCAGAAGUUCGAGUCUCCUGUAGCCGGAGUUUACCUGUGGAUUCAGGACAGCCUGCGGCGAGUGCCUCACCUCACCGUCGCUAUGGAAACGCUGCGAUAUCUCACGUUCAUGGCGCAGAAUACACACUCGCACACCAUGAGGUGGACCUACCAGUUCACUCGGGAACAGCACAGCACCAAAACACAGCUCGUUCCGUCUCUGUACGUGGGGAAAAUGGAUUCUCACCUGUACGCCUCCACUUCUCUUGUCCAUGAAGGAGUCGCAGUCGUGCCCCACAGCCUCACUCUGGCACGUAUCGAGGGUCCGACCACAGCGGACGUUACGGUGGGGAAUGGGCGGGGCGAGUGUGAGAUCACGCCCAGCACCGACGUCAAGUUCCCACCAGGAAGCACCAACCCGCUGCAGAACCAGUGGCUGCUGAUAGGCCACCAUGAAGUCCCCCCUGUGGCCCACACCACCAUGCUGAGAGAAUUCCCAGAGAACCUGCAGCGCUCUGGAGACGUCAUCCCUCCUCAGGGUUCAUCUUCUGCGUAUCGCCCUGGAGCUCGUCCAAUAACCUCUGUAGAGCAUGAAAGUUCCUCUCCCAUGUUGCCAGACUCUUUGACCUCUGACCCUCUGACCUCCGUCUUGGUGACCCUGCUGCUCGCCACACUGCUGGUGUUCUUCUUCACCCACAAGCGACAAGUCAAAAAGAUGCAGAGAUCUGAAGACACCAUGAACUCGAGACCUUUAACAGAUAACACCAGUCAGACAAGUCAACUUUUGCCAACAGGAAAUGACGUCGUGUCAUCGUCAGCUUACAGCAGCGGCAACCAAUCAAAUCACAGCAGCCCGGUUUCGUCCAAUCAAAGCCGGCAUCGCUCCAGCACUCAGGACUCCACUGCUCCCACAGCGACGUCCAACUUUUCCAGAGAUUCAGAGGAAGUGCAGCCUGACGUGGUGGAGGUGGGAAAGAUCUCCUUCAGCCCUGCUGAAGUGCUGGGACACGGUACAGAGGGGACGUUCGUGUUCAGAGGUCAUUUUGAUGGACGGCAUGUAGCAGUGAAGCGUAUCCUGCCCGAGUGUGUGGAGUUUGCCGAGCGUGAGGUUCAGCUGUUGCGUGAAUCUGAUGAGCAUCCCAACGUCAUCCGCUACUUCUGCACCGAGCGCGACCGCCAGUUCAUCUACAUCGCCAUCGAGCUGUGUGCUGCCACCUUACAGCAGUAUGUGGAGGAUCCGAGCUGUUCCUAUUCCAAACUGGACCCUGUGACUCUGCUAGAGCAAACGAUGUGUGGCCUCAACCACCUUCACUCCCUUAACAUCGUUCACAGAGACCUGAAGCCUCGUAAUAUCCUCCUCUCCGCACCAGGAGCGCUCGGCCGAGUGCGAGCCGUCAUCUCUGAUUUUGGAUUGUGUAAAAAGCUCCCGGACGGCCGGCACAGUUUCAGCCUGCGCUCCGGAAUCCCGGGAACGGAAGGCUGGAUGGCUCCGGAAUUACUCAACGCCAUCGAGAAAGGAAACCCUACGAGUGCAGUGGACGUGUUCUCAGCAGGCUGUUUGUUUUAUUACGUGGUAUCCAGAGGACAGCAUCCGUUCGGAGACACGCUGCGGCGCCAAGCUAACAUCCUGUGUGGAGUGUACAGCCUGGAGAACUUUAUGGAGGAUAUACACGAGGACGUCAUCGCAAGAGAUUUGAUCGAGAUGAUGAUCAGUGCAGAUCCAGAGUCUCGCCCCUCAACCGCCUCGGUUCUGAAGCAUCCGUUCUUCUGGAGGCCUGAAAAACAGCUGCAGUUCUUUCAGGAUGUCAGUGAUCGUAUAGAGAAGGAACCAGCAGAAAGCCCCAUUGUGGUCCGGUUAGAGACCUCGGGCCGAUCUGUGGUCCGGACUAACUGGAGAAUGCACAUCUCAGCGCCCCUACAGGCCGAUCUGAGGAAAUUCCGCACAUAUAAAGGGAACUCUGUCCGAGACCUGCUCAGGGCAAUGAGGAAUAAAAAACAUCAUUACCACGAGCUCCCGCCUGAGGUUCAAGCGACGCUGGGUGAAGUCCCAGAAGGUUUUGUGGCGUAUUUCACCUCACGUUUCCCGCGGUUACUGCUACACACACACACUGCACUGAGCAUCUGCGCUCCUGAGAGACCGUUCCACCCUUAUUACCACAACUAACACACACACACACACACACACACACAGCAGGAUUUUACAGACACCGUGUGCUGCGUCCUGGACGUCAGAAGACUUCAAGACAGAAGUGUUAGUGCCGCUGCGUUGUUAGCGCUGCUACGUUGUUAGCGCUGCUGCGUUGUUAGCGCUGCUACGUUGUUAGCGCUGCUGCGUUGUUAGCGCUGAUGUCUCCUGUGGAAGUGCUCAUGUGAUCGUCUAUAAAAGCCGGCAUUUCUUCCAUUUUAUUCUUACGCUCUCGGACGCUCUCUGAACGACGACUCACAGUGGAGCAGCUUUUGCUUGAUAGCGUUAUUAAGCCCUGAUGAGCUGAGAGACAGUCAGGAGCUCCAGCUGCUGCUGCUGAUGUGUGAAGAGGAUGGUGUGUGAUGUUAGCUCUAAUCGUCAUGGCAACUUCCCUCUGGGGUUCCCUGAAGGGAAAUCAAGAGAAUGGGAUUUAAAGUGCAGCUUGUUCGGUUUAGACGCGAGAAUGCUAGCAGAUCCGUACUAGUGAUGGGUUUGUGUUUUUUUUAACAGUUCACACUGGAUGUAUUUUUUUGGUGAAAACGUUUGUCUCUAAAGAUGCAGAUUACGCUGCAGUGUUUAUUUAUUUACAUAUUUCAGUAAAACCUUUUAUAUUAAUCUGUAAAUUCAUUAAAAGACAUAAGAUUAGCUUCGAUCAGAACAAAAGUUAUGGCGCUCUUUGGAAGAAGGGUCAGCUGCGAAGUAGCUCUUUUGCCGUUUUGUGGGCGUGGCUACAUGUAAACGUGUCAUGAAAACACUGAAUUCCACCAGCAUUCACGUGUUGGAACACGUUUUUGUAAACCAGGUUGGGAUUUUUUGCGUCGGUUUGGAGGAGGUUUUAAUUAGACGAGGAAUGGGUGUAGAGAUUUCUGUGCUACAUUUCUGUCAUAAAAUCUUCAACUGCGGUUAAUUUACUACACAAAUACUAAUCAUUCUCUUCAAUAGAGGAUUCAGGGAUCCUUCUGAUUGGUUAAAAAAACAGCAGGUCAAACCUUAAAGUCACCUGUAGACUUGCUGAUCAGUUUACAGCCUCAGACCCAUAUAUAUAUAUAUAUAUAUAUAUAUAUAUAUAUAAAUAAAUAGACAGAACUGAGCAGAACAUUGGAGCUCUGUCCAAUCUGUACAUAUAUCCAUUACAUUAUCAACCUCAAACAGGGCCUUGCAUAAGUAUUCACCCCCCCACCACCUCCUUUAUGAUCUUCAAUCUACAACCAAAUUCUCAUCGUUUGCAAGAUUAUUCCCAAAUACAACAUCUAGAGAAAGUUCUUCUCUUUUGGGAACCAGAAACUCAACACAGGUCAUAGUGGUGAAGCACGGUAGUGUUAGUGUCAUGUUGAGAAUCACUCUUCAGUACUAAAACAUUUACGCACGUCUGACCGGAAAACUAAUAUUUCUACUGAAAUGUGAAAUUUAAUUCCAAGUAUAUUGGACAGUGUCUAGAGAAAUUGUUAUAAUGACCGUUCCUUGCAUAAGUAUUUACCCCCCCUAAGAAGUGUAUUGUAUUGUACUUGGACAUUUGUGAAGCACGGUGGUGGUGGUGGUACAAGACGUAUUCCAUUCUACGCAACAACACAAAAUUGUAUAGAGGAAAUGCAGGUGCUGGAGAUCGCAACAGCAACAUACACACUUUAAACGUGUUGGUUUGUACAAUACAAUUUUAAACCCCUGUGCUACUGUUACAGUUUUAUAUUUUAUACUAAAAACAUGAACAGAGCAGGUCAUGGGUGAGUUUUUAAAGGACAUGGGUAAAUAUUCAGGUCUGAUCCCCAAUACACCAUGGCUUUGGAUAAUAAAAUACUUCUCUACACAGAGGAAAGUGAACAAUGGCUGUAAGUGACUGAUGAACUCUGGAUUUAUUUAUUAUUUUGCAUUAAAUAAAUUUCUGCUUUUUUUUUUUUUUAAACAAUA